AUGUCCAACCUAUACGCCACCGAGCCAGCUCCGAACGGCAAGGUCAUUGUUGACACCACGUCAGGCGAGAUAGAGAUUGAGCUCUGGGGAAAGGAAUGUCCUAAAGCUGUCCGCAACUUUCUCCAGCUGUCAAUGGAAGGGUACUAUGACGGUAUCAUCUUCCACCGAAUCGUCAAGGGGUUCAUCAUCCAGACCGGUGACCCAACGGGUACCGGCAUGGGUGGCGAGAGCGUGUACGGUGAACCGUUUGCCGACGAGGUCCACAGCCGUCUAAAGUUCAACAGGUUAGUUGGCCCCCGUUGGGGAUAUGUGCUGACCCUCAGGCGUGGUCUGAUCGGCAUGGCCAACAACAGCAAGAGGAACACGAACAACUCGCAGUGGUUCAUCACCUUGGACCGCGCCGACGAGCUUACGGGAAAGCACACAAUGUUUGGUCGCAUCAACGGCCCGACGUACUACAACGUUCUGAAUAUUGGAAACCUCGAUAUCGACACCGAGGACAGACCUCUUAUUCCUCCAAAGAUUACGGGUGUGCGUAUCAUCGAGAACCCCUUUGACGACAUUGUACCCCGUAUCACGGCCGCCGAGAAGCGCGCACAACAACAAGCACGUUUGGAAGCCAGGCAGGAGUCUGAGAAGAGGGCAAAGCGCGCCAAGGCAAAGAAGAACACCGUACUGCUGUCCUUUGGCGAGGCCGAGGAGGAAGACGCGUCGCAGGUGACCAUCAAGAAGAAGGACCUGGGACGACAAGACUUGGUCACUAGCUCCGAACCCAAGGAGAAGAAGAAGAAGAAAGUCCAGAAGGUCGCCCCUGAACCAGUCAACGAGCCUGAAGCUGUGCCCGAGGCAUCCACCAGCAAGCCAGAGCGCCAGGCUGUGGACUUGAAGGCCAUCCGUGCCGAGCACGAGCGCCAAAAGCUCGGUGACAGGUUAGCCCAUAUUCUGAAAGAAACAGUACUGACGGACAGCUCGUCGCGCAAGACGGACAUUGAGAGGAUGCAAGAGGACCUCCGCAUGAUGAAAAAGCGCAUGGGAGAAGAUUCAGACUCGGAUUCGGACACGUCCAGCACGCGCCGUAAGAGGAGAAAGGGUCCCUCUGCGCUCGAGCAAGAGCUGGCCAAGUACUCCAAGGGCCGUGGCCGCGCGGCCACACGCCACAGCCGCAAGGGACGCCGCGACGAUGACGAUGACCUCAUGCGUGACCUGGGCAUGUUCACCAAGAAGAUCACCGAGAUGGAGAACGAUGGCGGUGCACAGGAGAUGGGCGAUGGGGAGGAUGAGGGGGGUCAAGAAGUGGACGAUGACGUGGGAUGGCUGCGACAUGCGCUCAAGUUUGAGCACGAGGUGUCGGACGAGACUCGACGCGCGGAGGAAAACUAUACUGUCAUUGACACGCGUGCAAAGGCACGGGAGCUGGCGGCGCAGGAGAAGCAGGAGAAGAAGGACAAGCAGCGUGCGAGGCAGACGUGA